AUGGCGGGAAAGCGUACGUCGCCGUUUUCGUCUCCGUUGCUAAAACCACCACCGCUUUCCACUGUUCAAGCCGAUGAAGAGACUACAGAUUCCUGGAGGAAAGAAGUAGACGAGAACCUGAAACGCCUCCACUCGCUUCUUUUCGGCGCCGAACAGUUCCUCGAGAAAUCCGAUUUCUCCUCCGCUCAGAUCCUCGGGCUUCGUCUUCUAGGUUUCCUCGAUUCUCGCUCCGUUACAGAAGCCGAUCGUGCUUUCAUCGCUCCUAUUCGCCGUGAAGUUGCCUCUAAGGUCGAUUCAGCCUUGGAAGGCCUCGUCUCGGAUUCGGAUCGGCGAGCGUUUGAACUUGCAAAGACCACUCCAGGGCCUAUUUUUGGCAGUAGAGGAGAGUUUGAUGUGGAGAAGAUUAAGCAGUCGAAACACUUUCAUUUUAGUCUCAGUCAGUCUAAUGGAAAGGGUGUUAAAGAGAUGGAAGAGAGACUGGAUGCGCGUAAGUUUAUUCCCAAAGCAUCAAAGCCAAUGAUGCAAGCUAGACUGACGUCGUUGUAUGGAAACAGCGUGGUUAAGCCAGAUAAUCAGCGGAGAGCUUCCGUGAGCAAUCAGGACAGUGUCCCUGAUGAAUGUGUCAUUGUCGAGAGAAGUCAUGGAGGUGGUUUUGGAACAAAGAGAGCUCAUGCAGAAAUUAGUAACCUCACAAAUCAUGGGGAAGUGAAGGAAGAUGGUGCUGCUGCUAAUGGAUUUGUAUCCGCCAAAAUAAAACUGGAAAUGGACGUUAGACAGAAACGAGGAUCAGCCGGGGCACCAAACUCAUCUCUAUCUCCCCAGGGUGAUAACAAUGCGUUAGGUAGGGGAUACGGUGCAAGAUCAGGUGGCUAUUUAAGACGUGGAUACCGUGGUAAUUUUGUUCCUCCAGUUAAAUCUAGCGGGAAUAAUGUUGGAAAUACGACUUCUCGUAUUGGUGGAAAGACUGAUGAUACACUCGAUGAAUCAACCAGAACAUGUUUGGAGAUGCUCUGUGGUCCUGAUGGUGAGCUUCCGGAGAAGUUGAGAAACUUAGAACCUCGUCUUAUAGAGCAUGUCAGCAACGAGAUUAUGGACCGAGACCCCAAUGUCCGCUGGGAUGAUAUUGCUGGUCUGGAGCAUGCUAAAAAGUGUGUUACGGAGAUGGUCAUUUGGCCAUUGCUACGUCCUGACAUUUUUAAAGGUUGUCGUUCGCCUGGGAAAGGACUUCUUCUCUUUGGUCCACCAGGAACUGGUAAAACUAUGAUCGGAAAAGCUAUAGCUGGAGAAGCAAAAGCAACUUUCUUCUAUAUUUCAGCCAGUUCACUGACAAGCAAAUGGAUUGGCGAAGGCGAAAAGCUAGUGAGGGCCCUUUUUGGAGUUGCAAGUUGCCGCCAGCCUGCAGUGAUAUUUGUAGAUGAAAUAGAUUCCCUAUUAUCUCAGGUUCGUUGGGAUCUCUUAAAAUUUAAACGAGCAACGAAUAGACCCCAAGAGCUCGAUGAAGCAGCUAGAAGACGGCUUACCAAGAGACUCUACAUUCCUCUUCCUUCAUCUGAAGCAAGAGCAUGGAUUAUACAGAAUCUCCUACAGAAAGAUGGGUUGUUCACAUUGUCCGAAGAUGAAAUGAACAUCAUUUGCAAGCUGACUGAAGGGUACUCAGGAUCAGACAUGAAGAACCUAGUGAAAGAUGCAACGAUGGGUCCGUUAAGGGAAGCUCUCAGACGAGGCAUAGAAAUAACAAACCUGACAAAAGAUGACAUGCGACUUGUGACUCUUCAGGACUUUAAAGACGCAUUGCAAGAAGUAAGGCCUUCGGUUUCUCAGAACGAGCUUGGAAUCUACGAAAACUGGAACAAUCAGUUUGGUAGUUUAAGCCUUUAA